AUGGCUGAUGCGUCGCCACCAACGGGCCCCGCGCCCCGCGGUGCAUUGCGCGUCGAGAUGGGCUGCGCGCGACCGCUCGCAACACAGCAGCAGCAGCGGCAGCGCGCUGGUUUGGCCGCGGCGCGGGCCCGCCGUCGACAGCGACGACGGUCAGCCUGCAGGACGCACGCGGGCUCGACCGUGCGGUGCGCGCAUGGCGCGUCGGGCACACAGCCGCGCCGUAGCGAGCGAGCGUGGAUGGACGAGAAGACGCGGACGGACGCCGCAGCGUUUCGGCGCCCCGCGUUCUCGCAUUCUAGUUGUCCUGGCGAGCAGAUACGCGAGCGCGCGGGCGCCCGUGCCACCGGCGCGGAUACGGGUGCGACACGUCACUGCACGCUACUGGUGUGCGAGCGUGCGACGGUGGACCAGGCGGACGGACGCGGACGUGGGAAGUGCACGGCAGAGCGCGAUAUAAGGGUCGAGCGGGGACAGGGAGGGACGGUCGCCAGCAGCUGUUUCUUCGACGGUGCGUUUGCGGUGCUGAAGGGGGUCGCGGUGUCGCUGCUGUUGGUGCGCUGUCCAUGGUAUGUCUUCCCCGCUGUCCCGCGCUCCACGGGCCCUAGCACUGGUAGCAGGAUGCACGUCGUUGGCCUGCCCAUGGAUGCAGCGAGCCACCCGGUGCUGCAUGGACGGCGGCUGCUACAACAGCCACCGCUGCCGCCGUCGGGGUUGUAUCUGUCAUGGUCGUUUGUUUCGACGACGUGGUGCGGCGCAGCGGAGGCGCGGGCAGCGGGAGCGCGGGGUUCGAUGUGA